AUGGAAACAUCUUGCAUUUUCUCAACAUUGAAGUCCCCGUGCAACUACGGCCUUCCAAGUAGUCGGGUGUUGUUAAGUUCCACGUUUUCAGAUCGUAUUUGGGCGAGUUCAAGUAGCGGAGGCAACAGCAGCCGCAUGAGAAGAAGCCGCAAAAAGAAUGUAGAACAAAGUGUUGGGUACAAUAAGCAUACCGUAGUUAUAUCGAAAGAAAACAAAAAACAACACGAGGAGGAGCAGGAGCAGGAGCAAGUAUUUUGUGAUGAGAAAAGGAUGUAUCAAAAUGGGGAUCCGUUGGGGCGAAAAGAUUUAGGGAAAACUGUGGUGAAGUGGGUAUCCCAAGGAAUGAAAGCCAUGGCGUUGGAUUUUGCAGCGGCAGAGGCUCAGGGGGAUUUUGGUGAGUUGAAACAGAGAAUGGGUCCCGGCCUCACAUUUGUGAUUCAGGCUCAGCCUUACUUGAGUGCUGUUCCCAUGCCUCCAGGAGUGGAGGCUAUCUGCCUCAAGACCUGCACUCAUUAUCCCACACUGUUCGACCACUUUCAGAGGGAGCUUAGAGACGUUUUGCAGGACCUCCAACAUAAAGGGCUUAUAUGCAAUUGGCCUCAGCAUAGAGCCAUUGCGAGGAAGACUUGCAUAUCCAAGUCAGUCUAUGGUGUCUUAGGAUUGAAGCUGGAGAAAGCCAAAGCUAUUCAGACCAGAAUCGACGACUUUGCCAAGAAAAUGUCCGAUCUUCUUCGCAUAGAGAGGGAUGCUGAGCUGGAGUUUACUCAGGAAGAGCUGAAUGCUGUUCCGAUGCCUGACGAGCAUUCCAGCUCGCCCAAGCCCACCGAGUUUUUGGUCAGCCAUGCCCAGGCGGAGCAAGAGCUUUGUGAUACCAUUUGCAAUCUUAACGCCAUCAGCACAUCCACAGGAUUAGGAGGGAUGCAUCUCGUCUUGUUUAGGGUGGAGGGGAAGCACAGAUUGCCACCUACUAACCUUUCCCCUGGGGACAUGGUUUGUGUGAGAAUAUGCGACAGCAGGGGUGCUGGGGCAACUUCUUGCAUGCAAGGGUUUGUUAAUAAUCUGGGUGAUGAUGGCUGUAGUAUUACUGUGGCUCUCGAGUCCCGUCGUGGGGAUUCUACCUUUUCAAAGCUUUUUGGGAAGAAUAUACGCAUAGAUCGCAUCCAAGGAUUGGCUGAUGCACUCACAUAUGAGCGUAAUUGUGAAGCUUUAAUGAUGCUGCAGAAGAAAGGCUUGCAGAAAAACAAUCCUUCAAUAGCAGUGGUGACCACAAUUUUCGGAGACAGUGAGGAUAUUUUGUGGUUCGAGGACAAUAACAUGGUAGAUUGGACAGAGUCUCAACUGAAUGGUUUGACGGACACCAAAUUUUACGACCUGUCCCAACAAAGAGCAAUUGCAUUAGGUUUAAACAAGAAACGUCCUGUUUUGGUAAUUGAAGGCCCACCUGGAACUGGGAAGACAGGUGUGCUUAAGCAGUUAAUUUCAACUGCUGUUAAACAGGGUGAAAGGGUACUUGUCACAGCACCUACUAAUGCAGCUGUGGAUAACAUGGUCGAGAAAUUAUCCGACAUUAAUGCUAAUAUUGUGAGGGUCGGUAAUCCAGCACGCAUAUCACCUGCAGUAGCAUCCAAGUCACUGGCCGAGAUUGUGAAAAACAGUCUCUCGGAUUUUAGGUUGGAGUUUGAGAGGAAAAAAUCCGAUCUGAGGAAGGACCUGAGCCUUUGCUUGAGAGACGAUUCUUUGGCUUCUGGCAUUCGUCAACUUUUGAAACAGUUGGGAAAGACGAUGAAGAAGAAGGAGAGGGAAGUAGUGAGAGAUACUCUUUCGAGUGCUCAUGUCGUGCUCGCCACUAAUAUCGGUGCAGCUGAUCCAUUGAUCAGAUGGCUUAAACCGUUUGACUUGGUCGUGAUAGAUGAAGCGGGACAAGCCAUCGAACCCUCUUGCUGGAUACCAAUACUGCUCGGGAAACGUUGUGUACUCGGGGGAGACCAGUGCCAGCUAGCACCAGUGAUUCUGUCGAGGAAUGCCUUGGAAGGUGGGCUAGCUGUGUCAUUAAUGGAAAGAGUAUCGGAUUUGCACCAAGGGGUUCUCGCCACAAAGUUGACGACACAGUACAGGAUGAAUGAUGCAAUAGCCAGCUGGGCAUCGAAAGAGAUGUAUAAUGGCUUGCUGGAGUCUUCUGCAAGUGUCACGUCUCAUCUGCUAUCCGAUUCUCCAUGGAUCAGGUCAACAUGGAUCACACAAUGUCCAUUGCUGUUGCUCGACACAAGAAUGCCGUAUGGAAGUUUGUCCAUUGGUUGUGAGGAACAACUAGAUCCAGCUGGCACUGGCUCCUUCUACAAUGAAGGUGAAGCAGAUAUCGUUGUGCAACAUGUUUUCGCCUUGAUUUAUGCCGGUGUUCGGCCAGCAACGAUUGUUGUGCAAUCGCCGUAUGUUGCACAAGUGCAACUGCUAAGGGACAGGCUCGAAGAGUCUCCUCUAUCCAUGGGUGUCGAAGUUGCAACUAUCGAUAGCUUUCAAGGGUGCGAAGCAGAUGCUGUUAUUAUAUCAAUGGUUCGGUCAAACAACUUGGGAGCAGUUGGGUUCUUAGGAGAUAGCAGACGGAUGAAUGUAGCAAUUACUAGAGCACGUAAACACGUGGCGAUUGUUUGUGAUAGCUCGACAAUAUGCCACAACACGUUUUUGGCAAGGUUGUUGCGGCAUAUAAGAUAUUUCGGCCGUGUGAAGCAUGUCGAGCCCGGUGGCUCUGGUGGAUAUGGCCUUAGCAUGAAUCCGAUGCUGCCCUCAAUUAGUUAA